ACAAAAGUUAGAAAUUUGUUACUUUUUCCGUUCCCACAUCCGGCGUCCACCUUUCGGCAGCUUUUUACGACUUCCUACGGCAGCUAGAACCUUGGACUUUUGUCCGCAAAUCUCCUAUCCAUCCAGCCAGCCAACCAGAGGCACUUGUUUUGCUCUCGGUAUUAAGAAUCUUUGUCCAACAUCAACCUCCACGCCGCGGAUUAGGUCAGGAGAAAGUUAACCAAACGAGAGGAAACAUUCAGGAAAAGCUAGGCACUGGCAAAUUGUGUGCGUGUUUUUGGGUGUGUGUCCUAGCGGCCAACAGCAUCGGCGUUAGAAAGUGCUCAAAACCAGCGUGUCCGGUUCCGUGAGAACAACCCGAAAGCCGUGGCUCACCUGUACAGUGUGAAGAGUUUUUAGUUCGUUUAUUUCAUAUUUGUGUCCGCUUUACAAACAAAUACGGCCCAACGAGCAGUCCGAGGAGUGUCCUUAAAGGUCAGACAUCCUACACGCGGCUUGCACGAUGGCUUCCAGUUCGAUCGGUGGAAACGCGAAAAGUGACACGUCACGAAGGCCGCCAGCGAUAAAGAAUCCAUUGCUGAGCUCGCAGCUAACGGGGCUAACGUUGGACGAUUUUGCGCCGGUUGCCGUACUCCCACCAGCGGCCCCAUUGCCUCCCAUCGUCAGGGAACCGCCCGAAGCAACAGGACACCCGAAACCGGUCAUCUUUAGUUCGCAACAAGCGGAAACUGGUGCGAUACCGGAACUGCCGCAGGAUACGGAUAGUUUCAGCGAAAUCGAUCUGAGCGUGACGAGUGAUCCGCAAAGCAACACGCGCCCUCCAACGGCCACCGAGUACAAUCCGUUGCAAGAUUUGGAAGAAUCGGACUCGCUGCGUGGUGGUGGUGGUGAUCGGCAGGGUACUGAUGACGGCAGUGGUCCGUCGUCCUACUUCCAGCAAACGUCGACACUGACCGCCCAGUUCGCGGCUCAGCUACCGACCGUUGCCUCAACGGUAUUUUCAACCUUCAGUCGCGUUAUCAAGGGCAGCUCACCGGUUCCGACUGCUAACGGUGACCAUCAGCCAUUAGCACCGCCACCGUCGUCGGUGGGGUAUGGUUUCGGAGCGCAGCAAGAAUUUCAAAACACAAUCUAUCCACCACCGCCGUCGGCAGCAGUAGCAGCAGCAUCAUCGUUUGGCGCAUUAGCGAGUAUAGCCGCGUCCGAACAGGCCUACCCUUCAGGGAUUGGUAACGAGCAUCAGCUGACUGCGCAAGUAGCAUCUGAGCCACCACCACCGCCACCAACGUUCUACAAUCCGGAACAGGUGAAAACGGUGGCAGCAACAGCAGUGCAACCACCACCAUCAUCAGCUGCUAUCGGUACCGCAGCACCUUCCAAUAGCUACCGAUUAGGUGGAAGCAAGAAGAAAACCUAUGCGCAUAUUCCGGGGUUGAGCACGACGGCACCAUCGGCACAGCAACCAUUUAACGCCCAGAACGUUGCUACUCCGCCAAUAUCGUACGCAGUACCACCGGUAGCAGACGUUGCGGCACCAGCUCCUCCGCCAAUAUCCUACGCAGUACCACCGGUAGCAGACGUUGCGGCGCCAGCUCCUCCAUCGCUAGACGUGAGACCGCUCCCGGUAGAAGCUCCUCCGACGAAAGGGAAACCCUCACUCUUUGGCUAUCAGCUUCCAACAAAUCUGCUCGAGAAGCUACCCAAACCAAGCUUCGUUGGUGAAAAGCGUGACGAGUCGGUAGUAGCAGCACCUCCCAGCGCGGUUGUUGGAUCUAUCGCGGAUCAGUUUGCGGAUCAAAGUUUUACAUCGGGAUCGGUAGGAUCAUUUGCACCGCCAGCAGCAGUACCGUUCUUCGCUCCAGCAGCAGCACCACCACCCAGCGCUGUUGUUGGAUCUAUCGCGGAUCAAAGUUUAGCUUCGGGACCGGUAGGAUCAUUUGCACCGCCAGCAGCAGUGCCGUUCUUCGCUGCAGCAGCAGCAGCAGCAGCAUCACCACCACCAGUAUUCGCUGGAACAUCAGCGCAGUCAUCGAUUGAUUCGUUUCCCGCAAUCUCACAACCUCAGGUCGCUGAGCAGCAGCUGCAGCAGCAGCAGUUACAAAGUGCUGUGCCUCCGUUCGUAGCUCCAGCACCACCACCGUCGACACAGGCAGGGCCACCACCCACUUUCUACGCGCCAGGGCAGAUACCGAGUGUGCCGGUUGCACCGAUAGCGUCAAACGCCUCGAAGAAUCCGUACAGCUCUGCUCGCCGGGCACCAGGUGUCGGUCCGUACAAGAAUCCACUUGCACCGGUCAGCGCACCGUCGAGUGGACCCUUUUUCCUACCCAAUCAGCUACCUCCGUCAGCUGUUACGCAGUCUACCGCACCACCGAGUGCCUUUAUUCCUCCAGCAGUAGCAGCUCCCGCAGCAGCAGCUGCUGCGCUACCCCCACUGCCGCCAUCACAAGCGCCGGCACCUGUUUCAAUUUUCAAUCCAGUAGCAUCGACGGUAAACCUCAAAGAUACCGAGCAAUCGAACCAAAAGGCAUCAGAGGACACGACGACAGCGACACAGCAGAACGUACCAGCAUUCUUCAAUCCUGCGACAGCUCCCGUGGGCAUUGGGCUACCAAGAGGUUCCACUAAUCUUUUCAACGUUGCAGAGGUUCGCAACGAUUCGGAAGAAACUUUAAAUCAACCACCACCACCCGUUGUGCCAUUCGUGCCAUCUCAAUACGACCAGUUGCCGAAUUCUCAACCGAUCCUUGCACAAUCCGAUCACGGUAAACAUCUUACGAGCGCAGCGGAACAGUCAUCGAUCAGUGCGGAUCAAUUCACGGUUCCCUCGGCUUCGAAACCGGAAAGCAUCGCUAACGUUUAUCAAGAGGAAUCGUCGAAUCACGUAUUGCCCCCGGUGGCUGAAUUUAAUUCUUUCUUCGAUACCACGCCAGCAGAGAAGGAUACUGUAUCGACGGGCAUUAAAACGAUCGUAGACGGACGCUCCAAGUCAAGUGAAAACGUUCUCUCACCUCCGCCACGUCCAAACUCCAAUCUCAGCGAACCGGCUACUAUUUUCCCGGGAGCGGUACCACCGGCUGGCAUAUUCCUGUCGGAAAACAUUGCCUCGUCCGGGUUAAUCCAGACAUCGAACACUGAGCAACAACGCUGGCCUGUGCCAGACAGCAACGCUAAUAGUAUCUCGAGCUUCUUUGCUUUGCCUCAACCACUGUCAACGACAGGAGGUUUACCAGAGACCACCAAACAGGCAGCACCCGAGGUGAACGGUAACUUUUGGUCAAAUAAACCUCCGCAUUCCUUCGAUGCACUAGCACAAAAACCGAAACCACCGAGCGAGGAACCGUGUCCGGUUAUCAAUCCGUCGGACUUUUUCAACAGCAACAGUACUGCAAUCUCGACCCAGGACGCGAACAGCGGCAACAGCAUCAACACGGGUCAGCAAGUGUCGUCCGUUCCUUUGUUUAACUUCUUCGGUCGACCAGCACCGACUGCUCCAGCAGUACCGGCAGCGACCAGCGAAGUGGUACAACAGCAGCCUGCUCCUCCUCCUGUUACUCCUCCUCUUUUAGUCCCGGAAGAUCAGGCGGACGGUAGUAAAGUCCGUAGUCCUAACGAUACCACAGAGAGUGAGCAGGAAGAGCAACGCUUCGUCGGUGUCGUUAACGAACCGAUCUUUAGUAGCGACAAUCUGUUUGACUUUAAGUCGUCCGCGUAUCAGGAAGGUGGCACCGAUUACCGGCGUGAGCAGCGUAGCAGUGAGGAACAGGGUAACGGACUGGGUUUAGAUCGCAGCACUACCGACAGUAUGGCAGCACUGGCAAGGACAAGCGUUGGUGCACCAGACACUACCAUGACCACCACCACAGCGCCAUCGGUCGCGGAAUCGACGACCAACAUUGCGUACAGGCCAACGUACAAUCAUUGGUUUUAUCGGCGUGAAGUAGAGGGUAAGGUAAUCUGGUCACCGUUCACUAUGGCCGAUUCGAUGGCCCUCGAGGAUGGACUAACGCUCGAGACGUCUCGUUCCGAUGCACAGAAAGAAUCGAGCCCUCCGGUGAUUGUGCAUACGGAUGGUGGACGGUAUGAUGUGUCGAUACGUGACCGAACCCGCACGCCCGUCUACUGGAAGGGUACAGCGAAUGAGGUACGCCGUUGUUCGUGGUUCUACAAAAAUGUCGAUUCCCGGUUUGUACCGUACGAGGAGGAGGUGGCGGAUUUGCUCGAGAGUGUAUACAAGGAGGCGGCCACAACGGGCGAGUGGCACCGGCGGGUAACCAUUCCGAACGGAGAGACGGUUGUGUUCCAUGGUCCUUCGGUGAUCGUGCACUUCCUGCAAACGCAAAACCCGGACACUUGGGGCAGUGGCAGCUCACCGGUACCAUCGACGACGAAUCGUCCGCGUGUGGUGAAGCGAGGCAUCGAUGAGUUCAACAUUGACGAUGAUGAGCCGGAGAAGAUCGAUCAUCUUAUGUUUAUGGUGCACGGUAUCGGCGAGGCGUGUGAUUUGCGGUUCCGGCGGGUCGAGGAAGUGGUCGAUGAGUUCCGAAGCAUCUCGGCCCAGCUGGUGCAAAGCCACUAUCGGUCAGCGUUCGAUCGUAGUGAAAUCGGUCGCGUUGAGAUACUGCCGAUCUCGUGGCAUGACGAUCUGCACUCGGAAGAAUCGGGUGUGGAUGAGAAGCUGAAGUCGAUUACGCUCGAUUCGAUUCCUAAGCUGCGCCACUUUACCAACGACACACUGCUCGAUGUGCUGUUCUAUACGAGCCCGAUGUUUUGCCAGAGCAUCAUCGAUGCGGUCGGUAACUCGCUGAACCGGCUGUACACGCUGUUCUGUCAGCGCAAUCCUUCCUUCGCUGGUGGCGUUUCGUUGGCCGGCCAUUCGCUCGGUUCGCUGAUUCUCUUUGAUCUGCUGUGCCAUCAGAAGACGGAUCAGAAACCGGUCGAGACGGAAAACUCGGAGAACCCAGAUGCGGACUCAGUGCCACCGUUGGCGAGCCACGUGU